UUUAGACACUCAUGAUGACAUGACCAAACCAUUAUUCUAUUGCCAAUAUAACUAACUACAGUCUGAGGAAGAACAAAAACUUCUUCUUCUUCCUCUUUCUUCUUGUAGCACCAGAUCAAUGGCUAUUGCAUGUUCUUAUUCCUCUCACAUCCCAGUUCUGAAAUCUGGUCUAGUCUCAAAGCCUAUCAGCAAAUCCCUAAUGCUUAAAGACAACCAAGUUCCACCCAGGAAAGCACCGAGAUUCCAGAUUAGAUGUUCUAUCAGAAACAAGGUUUUUGAGGAUCGGUCUAAUGGUAUAGUCUGCUAUAGGGAUGACAGUGGGGAAAUCAUUUGCGAAGGAUAUGACGAGGGCCCUCGCUUUCAGAAACAGACUCCAACAACAGCUUAUCAUCCAAGAGAUGUUGAGAUCUUUGACCUUCUUCUUCUUCGACAAAGUAGGCUUCAGACUGUUAAAGGCAGUGGAUUGAGCCACGCUGAGGAAAGUGUUGCUGUGCAGAAGGACUUGAAUUGCAAUGGCUUCAACUCAUUCUGCUAAUCAAUGGCAAACUUUUGUCAAUUGUCUAGAUGUCUCCUCAACUCCCUGCACUUGCAUCGAUCAUAGAAUGUGUAAGGCAGGCAUAUACAUCGAUCAUAGAAUGUGAAUGGAGGCAUAAAUGCACUUGUUUUAUUUUUUAA